AUGGACAUCCGCUCCCAGCCUGGGCCGAUUCGCAUGAGACACGUCUGGCAGCAACAACGGCGGGCAAAAAAGCCCUACAGCCGGCCACAAAUACACAGCAGCAACAAAUCCUGCAUGCUGUGCCACCACACCCAGGACAACGACAUCUGCGGGGACAAGAGAAUGAAGUUCAAGCUCUGUGUCCACACCUACUGCCAGAUCCUCGCCACCGGGCUUUACCCACGCGAGGACACUGGACACUUUCUCGUGGGGGACACCAGGCGCAUCAUCAUGGAAGCAACCAAGAAGGUGGGGAUGACCUGGCAGGAGGAGCAGGCAGCUUUGCACCAGGAGAGGCUUCGCCAGCUCCUCCUGCUCCCCAGCAAAGAAGCCCCAGGCCUGGCACAUACAGGGGCCUCAGGGGCACGUGGCUCUGGGGCUCUGAGCGGACUCUGCCCACAUCCCACUCACUCUCCGGUGAUGCAAAGAGACCACAAAUCUCCAGUCCUGACAUUCAUGGGGCUGCUGUGCUCUUUCCAGACCUGCUUCAUCUGCUGCAAGAUGGGGGCCACCAUCACCUGCUGCCAGACCGGCUGCGACCGCACCUUCCACCUGCCCUGUGCCCCAGACGGACAAUGUGUCACCCAGUACUUCGGGGCCUACAGGUCCUUCUGCUGGGAGCACCGCCCACAGCAGGCACUGCGGCCACGUCCAAGCCAGGACAACACCUGCGCCAUCUGCCUGGACACGGUGGAAGACAACAUCUCCUACAAAACCAUGGGGUGUCCCGCAUGCCAAGACGCCCGCUUCCACCGGCACUGCAUCCAGAGACUGGCUCUGCACGCUGGCAUUGACUUCCGAUGCCCGCGUUGCCUCAAACAAGAGCCGUUCACGACGGAAAUGCUCGCCAUGGGGAUCCGACUCUCUAAGAGACCCCCAUCAUGGCAGACUGACCCAGAGGUCGGACCCUCAGAUCAGAGGCAUGGCCGCUGCGAUGCCACAACGUGCCUUUGUCCAGGAGGCAGGGAGCACACCGAGGCACACGGACGCUGGCAACUGCGGCUCUGCAGCUCCUGCGCCGCUGAGGGCAUCCACCAACUCUGCUCCUCUUUGGGCAACAGCACCUGCUCCUGGGAGUGCAGCACCUGUGCUGCCACCGACACUGGUAGGCAACAAAGCAUUCAGCACUAUGCAAGGCACACAGGGACCACGAUGGGCCUGGCACCAGGGCCCUCAGCACAGCUUGGCUCCAGGAGGGCACUGGAUACCACAGCGGCCUCUUCUGCCUGCAGCCUGGGGACUGUCCUGACAACCUUCAUUCUGCCUGUCCCUCUUUGCAGGUUCCACUGGCAAAUCAGACCUUGUGGGCCCCAAAAAAUCGAGCACAGAACUGCUGACUCUGUCCCAGGACACGGUGCUCCUCAAGAGCUGCUGCUCCAUCAGCCCUCAGCAGGCUUUAAGGCAGAGCCACACUGA